AUGACUCAAGUCUACCUAGGUGAAAAAAAAACAGGAAUCAGAUUCUAUUCAUUAGUCUGGGACACUCCGCCACAAUCGGCACAUACGAAGCUGAACAACGAAGUUAAGGAAAAGCUUCUAGAUUAUGUGGACAGGUCUGUGCAAGAUCACUUUAGAAGAAUCUUUGAUAAAAUUUAUAAUAGAACAUACGCAUUCAAAAGCGAUGUUUUAUAUACUGCAAUUCAAUAUGAAGAACUAGAAAAG